AUAACCUCCCAUCAAAUGCACUCCAUGGGCUGCUCCCAGCGCUGGCUGGAGCAUGGCACUGAUGCUCUCACCUUCUCUACAGGUGCGUGGGAUGAACUGAGCCUGACGCCUGCCCAGAGAGGAGACCCUGUCCCCACAGAGCUGCCCACCAUGAGCAGGGUGCUGCUGGCAGGCAGGAUGCAGCCAGAGAGCCGCAGCGUCUGUGUGUUCCUGCCCACCCGCGAGCAGCUCAGCCUCGUCGUUGGGGUCAAAGCCACUGGACAGGAGCUCUUUCAGCAAGUUUGUGAUUUAGUGAAGAUUAAAGAGCCUCACUUCUUUGGCCUCAGCAUUGUUAAAAAUAAUGAAUAUGUUUUUAUAGACCUGGAGCAGAAGCUUAGCAAAUACUUCUCAAAAGAAUGGAAGAAAGAGACAACAAAAGGAACAGAAAAAUUCAGCCCUCCUUUUGUUGCAUUCUUCAGAGUACAAUACUACGUAGAAAAUGGAAGAGUAAUAAGUGAUAAGGUAGCACGGCAGCUCUACUACUGCCAUCUCAAAGAGCAAGUUCUGAUGUCUCGAUGCAACCACAAAGAAGAAAUCUACUUCUUGCUGGCGGCCUACAGCUUACAGGCAGACUUGGGCAACUACAGAGAGAAGGUCCACACUGGCAAAUAUUUUGAACCUCAGGCUUAUUUCCCGCAAUGGAUAAUUGCAAAGAGGGGGAGCGACUAUAUCUUGAAACAUGCCCCAGAGAUGCACCGAGAACAGCAAGGGCUGAGUGCUAAGGAAGCAGUGCUGAAGUUCAUUAAGGAGUCCUGCCUGCUGGAAGAUGUGCCUGUCCACUUCUACAGGCUGCAGAAGGAUAAGAAGGAGGAUCGCCCGACAGUUAUCCUGGGCCUGACCCUCAGAGGAAUGCACAUCUAUCAGGAGGUGAACCACGUUCGACAGCUCCUCUACGACUUUCCCUGGUCACACAUUGGGAAGCUGGCGUUUCUGGGGAAAAAAUUUGAGAUCCAGCCAGAUGGUUUGCCCUCUGCACGGAAACUGGUUUACUACACGGGUUGCCCCUUCAGGUCACGGCACUUGCUGCAGCUCCUCAGCAAUAGCCACCGGCUCUUUCUCAAUAUCCAACCGGUGCUGAAGCAAAUCCAAAAACUGGAGGAGGCUGAAGAGAAGAAGCGCUACCGGGAGUCCUAUAUCAGUGACACACUGGACAUGGACCUAGACCCAUGUGAUAAGAAUUCACGUGGCAGCGGGAGCAGCGGGGGCAGCCGGAGGGACAACCGCCUCUCACGCCAGUCCACGGGGAGUCACGGCAGCUCCCACACGUCAGGCAUCGAGGCUGACUCCAGGCACCGGGUGUCAGUGGAAAUGUCGGUGGAUGAGCCCUUCAGCAUCGACCGGGUGCACAAGAAAGAGAAAUCGUGCAGCUCAACCGUCAGCUACGGCAGCUCAGGCAUUGACAGUGGCAGCAAAGGGCGGGCUGAAGAUGAAUCUCAGGACGAUGAGCUUGAGCUGGCAGUAGAUGAGCCAGAGGAGGUGCCUGUAGAUGAGCCUUUAGAGGGAGACCAGUUAGAGGAGGCCACUGUGGGAGAAUCUGUUGAAUCUCUUCCUCUAGAUGCUGCUAGCUGCCAAGCUACAAAUCGGGAAUCGUUGUCUGUGGUCCAAGUCACGCUAAUAAAAAUGAGAGGCCAAAGUGUGGAAUCCCUUCAUCAGGUCAGAUCGCUCAAAAACAGGAGCUGCACAGACCAGCACAGCCAGAGUUUGGAUGACAUCCGCCUUUACAAGCAUCGGCACCCACUACUAAGUGCCACGCUGUCUUCAGACACGUCCCACAGCUACACAUUUGGCUGCAGCCUGGAGGAUAAGCUGUCUAUCUAUGGCUGCGUUUAUUCCACAGCAGACUGCAAAACCAAGUCUGCUCUUUAUGGGAAGCGAUCCAUGAACUGCCUCUCCUUGGAUCUUCUUGGAGAAGACCAGCUCCCAGAGGAAUUUGUGGUGUAAUGAGAUUGGAGUUCUUCCAUACCAGGAAACAGCUCGUCAUGGAAAUAUAUACCUCAUUAACACGUGUGAUGUCACUCUGGUUCUUGCAGGAGAUUGUGAGCAGCUUUGUUUAUUCAGCUCCAUAAUCAGUAAGUGGCAUCACUUCUGCAGACCUGACUAAAGGGCAAAUCAACUGGAGUGUAGCACUUAAUGUUUGCAUUUGAAGUGUCUGUCUGAGCAGAAAAUAUAAGUGGCCUGCACCAUUAGCAGUCACAAAAUCAACAUGAAAACCAAAAAACCCUGGACCAAAACUGGCACUGAGCUAGUAAAGCAAACACUGUGUCUUAAAUGGAUUUAUCAGAAAGAAAUUUAAAGUCUGUGUCAGUUUAUCUUCCUGCCUUUCUUUUGUGGUUCACUUAAGUUAACCAAACUAUCUGUACACUAGCAUUGUCUUGAGUUUGUGCUGCUACACCACUGCCAACAGCUGUCAGGCCAGGAUAUACUCCGAGCACAUUUGAAGAGCCGUGUAUUGAAAGUGUCUAGCCUGUUGCUGUUGUAAUGAACACAAGUUGCCUGUUCACUUUACUGGGAGCAAGACCUGCUCUGCCAGAAGUUCUUCUUUCAUGUUUUUUUCUUUCUUUUGUUUUAUUGUAAGUAUCCAGCCAAAUACAUUGUGUGUUCUUUUUUC